AUUGUAACAUAAAUUUACAUCAACACUGUGUCUUAAUUACACGCUCUGGCUUCUGUCGCAAAAAUCACUCUCCGUUUUUAAAAUCUUGAGAACCGGACAGGAUCUGAAUUCUGACAGAAUUUUGUCACGUUUCGGUAAAAUUCAUCACUGACGUCACGAAGUGUUGUGUUGGUCACUCCUUUACGGUCGCUGAGCCACGAGCACGAGUCGGUGUCGACUCCGAAUUUUUAUCUAAAAAACUAGCUCUGAAGACUAAAAAAUGCAGGGACCCGCAGUUUUUAUGGACGGUACAACCGAAGAUCAGGCUCAGGAGUUGAGAAUUUACUUCAAGAGUCUUGGUGCUGAGAUCAGCGAAGAAAAAUCGCCAAGAGGAAUUGAAGAUGAUUUACACAAAAUCAUUGGAGUUUGCGAUGCUUGCUUCAAGGAAGGAAAUGAAGCUGAAAUCGAAACGAUCUUAAACGAUAUUGUUUCCAUCAUGAUUCUUGUACCAACGGAACGGGCUGAGAACAUUGUUUUAGCCUUUUGUGAAAAACUGACAAAAGCACCUGGUUACAAAUUAGGACUGGUUUGCCUUAAAGCUCUGUGGCUUCUUUUCCAAUCUCUACCAGAAGAUUCAUCGAUGAGGUACCAUGUAUAUUAUCAUUUGGUUCAAAUAGCAAGAAAUGUUGAUCAAGUUAAAGCUGUUUACAAUGGAGUUGAUCAAUUGAAACAACAGUUUGCCACCUGCCCACCAGCAAAUGAACAAAUGCAAAAGCUUCUUCGUUUGUUGCAUGAAGUAUUACUUGGCUGCAAACAAGGAGAACAAGCAGCUGCCGUUAUGGUUGAAUUACUUGGCACCUAUACCUCUGAGAACGCUUCUGCUGCAAGAGAAGAUGCCCAACGCUGCAUUUUGGCAGCUUUGGCUGACCCAAACACCUUUCUUUUGGAUCCUCUACUAGCCCUAAAACCAGUAAGGUUCUUAGAAGGAGAACUUAUUCAUGACCUGCUUCUUAUUUUCGUACAAGAGAAAUUACCAGCAUACUUGGAAUUUCACAAAGAUCACAAAGAGUUUGUUGAAAGCAAUCUUGGUUUGAACCACGAGCAGAACAUGAAAAAGAUGAGGUUGCUCACUUUCAUGCAGCUGGCUGAAACGAAUCCUGAAAUGUCCUUCCAAACAAUUCAAAAUGAAUUGCAGAUUGAAGAAGAUAAAGUAGAGAGUUUCAUCAUUGAUGUGUUGAAAACCAAACUUGUGCGAGCACGAAUGGACCAAGCUGGACGCAAAGUUCUUGUCUCAAGCACAAUGCACCGAACCUUCGGCCGACCACAGUGGCUGCAACUGCGUGACCUUCUCGCCGCUUGGAAGACCAACCUUAGCGGCGUUCAAGACGGCAUGAAGAGUGUUGCAGCUGCUCAGAUGGAACUCGUAGCUGCAAAGUCGAAGGCGCCCGCGGUUCACUGACAUUUAAGGAAAUUCCACUAAGCGCCAGUCUCGUGAGACCUACUCCAAACGAAGAGAUCGCUCGAGGUUAGGCGCGCUUUUUUCGGCCCUGCAGAAACUGAUUUAUUGAGCGAAGGACCGAAAAACAAGUUCGAAGAUUUUUAAAAUACAGGUAUUGCGUUUUCUGUAUACGAAAAAAACAUAAUGUUAGCAAAAAUUUUUAUACAUUUCAGUUAAAGCUCAGAGAGCAAGAUACGUUAACGAAGUCAAUUUUACGCUCAAUCUGAUGACUUUCUUUACUUUUUUCGUAUUGGAUGUUAGUGUGAUUUUAAUAAAUGCUUUUUUAAUAGAGUAUUGGUCAUUGAAUAAACAGUAAAAACAUUGAUUUAAGACAUUCUACAACUAUUUAAUUAGGACGUUUUUCAAAAGUAUUGUUUCUGUAAAAGGUGUUUCUCAAUUUCACGUAAAAAAUUAUAUGAUAAAAAAGCAUUUAAUAGAAUUCACAUGAAAAAAAGCGUACGUUUUUUAAAAAUCAGUAUUUUAAAUAAAUAAUACCAUCAAAUCCAUCAUUAAUUGCUAUUGUAUCAUAGCACCCAAUUUGUAAAAGUAUCCUCAUUAUCGGAUCAUUGUUUAUACUUGAAUUCGAAAAUAUAUACAAGGAAAAUUAAAUAAUCAGAGAAGAAAAAUGUUUUUCUUAUUAUAACAAUCGCUUUAUUUCAGCCUAUCCGCGAUGAAUAGCUUGCAAACGGUUAAGAUAUGCAAUUACUUCAACCUGUUUGGAUUUUUCAUACUUUUUUUUUAUUGUAUUCACAUUUGAUAUUUUGGCCUACAGGACAUAUACCGAUUAACUCGUUGUUUAGCGACUUAAACUUCUUCAAUUUGUAUCUGUAUGUGUGUAAUUGUGUUUCUCGCUAUGAGUAUUAGAGGAUCAGUCAAGAGUUGCUAACGAAAAAAAUAUGUUUAAGUGAAGUUAACACCUUACAAAUCUUAGGAAUUAAUAAGGGAUACCUACAGUCAAAUAGCAUAUUUGUGUGACAUUGAACACUUCAAUCGAUUAUACGUAAUUCGGAUUAUUAUUUAUCUUACAUAAUUUUAGGUAUGAAAAAUAUUUUUUGUCUUAAAUUCUGUCUACUUUAAAAACAUUUUAAUAAAAUGAGUAAGAAUUCAGUGGUUUAUCCGUGAAAAACAUGUUAAAAAUGCAGAGCUGUUAGAAAUAAGCAAAAAUGCAUGAUUGCAAAGUAAAGCAAUAAAAGAAAAAAAACAACUUAAUUUGACCAUAGGUAAUCCUUAAACAGUUCAUAUGACGCAGAUUUUUGAAAUUUAAUUAUUGACAAUUUUAGAUAUAAACUUUUUCUUUCAUCUACAAAGUAACGAGAACAAUAUGAAUCAAAAUUCUAGAAUGGACGUCAUUAAAUUUAUUAAUGAUUAAGUAGAAAAAUAUUCAUGUCAUUUCAAUUAAAUAUUAAAAAAAAA